ACCCCCGUGAUCGUAUUCAGAUUACCCUAGACCGUCGUUUCGGCACAAGAUCGAUGGUCUCUUCGAGUUCUGGCACGUUUGCCACAAAAACGAGUGCGCGAAACCAACAGUUGGUUGCGAGAAGCCGUCGCGACGUCACGCGUCCAUGUUUCAGGUGCAUCCGAAACUAGUGAAAACGGUUUUUUGUCGGCGCUGCGUUUAGCGGUGCUCUGAUCUGUGUCGGUGGUAUUUACCAAACUUGGUUUCAGCCUUCCUCCUCCUUCUCCUUCCUUCUUUUCCUUCUCUCGGUCUUCUCAGCAUGGAUGACAAGGGUGCCACAAGUGAAAAGAAGAAGACCCCGCAUGUACGUGUCACAUGGUUGUACAAUUGUUUCGACGAAGGUCGACGAUCGAUGGAUCCGAAGACACAACUAUUGCACUGCACCACGUUCCUGUGCAGAUGAAUAGCGACUCCUCCAAACCAGCAAAACAACGUCCCAACUGGGAUUAUUGAAGAAAAACUCCUCAUCUCGAACGGAAAUCAUGGAGUGGAAAAGGGGAAAUAAGAAUGGUCCCUAGUUUAGCCGCAAGGCUGAUAGACUGACGCAAAUGCUUUCAUUUGUGAUGUUCCGCGAAAUGAACCGAUCGGAACAAGAAAAUUUAUACAGAACCUCUAGGAAACUCAGCUUGGUUCCCUUGGCUGGAAAUCAAUCUUUCGGCAAUCUUCACGACUGCUCCAGGAGACAUUCUGCCAUAAGACCGGAUGAACCCUCUCCGUCUACGUUCACUGGCGAAGAUCUGGUGCUAAGUGUCCUGAAGAGUCCUGUGAAUCAUAUGGGGCUGGAUACGACCGGAACCCUAGUCACAAAUUGCGACGUGACACCGGCUUCGGAGGAGGAGGAGCUUUGCGUUAUCGAUACACAGGAUCAGGAUACAAGGUUCAAAGCUACCAUCAGUGAAGAUGAGCUCACUGAAGAGUUAUCCGAACGGCUCCCUUUCCUCCAGAGGAUCAGGAGAGGACACCGGUUUGCAGAGCCCCAUCACAAACGCGUUCCCACACCUCUCAAGCGCAAACAUCAGAGGUACACGAGGAACCACAAAUCUAAGGAUGUGAUCCAACCCGAAGACAUCGUCGACGAGGAGGAUCCUGAAGAAGCACCGUCCACCACACCGAGAGGUGUACCCGAUCCCUAUUAUCCCAUUUACCUUCCCAUCGACCAGGCCUUCAAGGCCAAGUACGUUUUCCACCAUAAAAAAGGUAAAACCUUCCAAGAACGAACUUAUGUGUUUUUAGAGCAUCCGGGGGGAUGGUUGUGUUUUUUCUACCAUUUUACAGUAUUUAUGCUAGUGCUAGUGUGCCUGAUAUUUAGUGUGUUAUCAACGAUAGAAUCAUACACGAAUUUCGCCAACGAAACUUUAUUUUGGAUGGAGAUAUGUUUGGUUGUUUUUUUCGGUGCGGAGUAUUUGGUACGCCUAUGGUCAGCCGGAUGCAGAUCGAAAUAUAUGGGUGUUUGGGGUCGACUGAGGUUCAUACGAAAACCCAUUUGUAUCAUAGACUUAAUAGUUGUCGUCGCAUCAAUGAUUGUACUUACCCUCGGUUCAAAUGGAAGAGUUUUCGCAACUUCAGCCAUUCGAGGAAUACGCUUUCUUCAGAUUCUCCGAAUGCUUCACGUGGAUAGACAGGGAGGCACAUGGAGAUUACUCGGCUCUGUGGUUUUCAUUCAUCGGCAGGAGCUAAUCACAACCCUCUACAUCGGAUUUUUAGGCCUUAUAUUCAGCAGUUAUUUCGUUUAUUUAGCUGAAAAAGAUGCCGUUGGAGCGGAUGGAAAAAAUACGGGAGAUUUUUCAAGUUACGCUGAUGCAUUAUGGUGGGGUGUCAUCACUGUGACCACCAUAGGAUAUGGGGAUACAGUACCGAGGACAUGGAUGGGAAAGAUAGUGGCCUCCUGUUUCAGCGUUUUCGCGAUAUCUUUCUUUGCCCUUCCUGCAGGUAUUCUUGGUUCCGGUUUUGCUCUCAAAGUGCAGCAGAAACAACGUCAGAAACACUUCAACCGUCAGAUACCUGCAGCUGCAAUGCUGAUACAGUGCUUAUGGCGCUGUUUCGCAGCAGAUAAAAGCUUCAACUCCCUGGCAACUUGGCAGAUAUAUUUGAAUGACACCAACGAGACACCACUUAAUACUGCCUCUAGUUCAACAAACUGCAAUAUCCCACUUUCGAAGGUCGCUAAAAAGGCCUCAGUGCUUAAGAGAAGGAAAUCUAAGAACAGAAUGGAGAGAUCCGACACCUUGGCUGGCACACCUGGAACGCCGCAACAAGACGCGCCGCCACAACAGCACUUGACGGCCGCGAACAAUUCAAGAUGCGAAAGCGAAACAGACAUCAUAUACUACAUGGAAGAGCCAAAAGCAGGAACACCUAAUCGAAUUCGGCGAGGUGAGCGUGAAAGUGCUAGAGGAAACGUGUUUAUGAGCCAAACAAGCACAGUAACAGAGGCUGCAAGCGACGAUAUCGACGAUUUUGAUGGGGAAUUACCUCGAGUUACUCAACUCACAGAAGCACACAAAAAUGCUAUUCGAGCAAUAAGGAAGAUUAAAUACUUCGUUGCAAGAAGAAAGUUUCAACAAGCCAGAAAACCCUACGAUGUUCGUGAUGUGAUAGAGCAGUAUAGCCAAGGACACCUUAAUAUGAUGGUCCGAAUAAAGGAAUUGCAAAGGAGGUUAGAUCAAACUCUGGGAAAACCUGGGAGCUAUUUGGCAGGAAUCGACAGGGUCGGUAAUGUUAAACCUAUGACAGUCGGUGCCCGUCUUUACAGAGUUGAGCAGCAGUUGGGCUCCAUGGAUAAAAAACUUGACACCCUGACACAAAUCCUCAACGUUAUAACACAGAAACAACAAAAUCAGUCAAAUAUGGCACUUAGAGCAACAGAAGAUAAUGUUCACUUCUAAUAAAUCGAUUAAAAACUGAAAGAGAACAAACAUCUCAACUACUUUAAUGCAAAUAAAGACUUUGCUGAUGGUC